GUUCAGUCCGGCGGCCCUGUGCACCCGUUGGGGUAGGAGGCGGGACGUACCACAGCCUCCCACGGAGGGGGGGCGGUUGGAGGCGAACGUCUAUGCAGCUGGGCAGCGCCGGCCGCCAGAGCCGGGGCAGGUGAGCUCGCCCGCCCGCCCGCCCGCGUUCAUUAGGAUCACUCAUCAGAAUGGAUAAUUAUGAGUUUCUCCUUGCUUUGGAGGUGGCAGUACCCUUGUCCUUGUGGAAGUGAAUCUCGAGGGCGAGCUGAUGAACGAGGACAUACGCAUCCAUACCUGGCCCUGUUCUUAUUACUUGGACACUGAGAAACGAUGGGUCUCCGGCAGACUCUCUCUGACUCCUGUCGCAGUCAAAUUUACAGCUGACAAGACGGGAGAGCUCCUGGUCCACUUCCAUCUGUCCAGCAUCAGUGAGAUCAAGAAGGAGUCUUCCAAUUUAAUCUUCAGCUCCCUCACACUCCUGGAGAAGAACACCAAGCACUGGUUCAGCUCCCUCCAGCCCAGUAGAAAUGUGGUCUUCAACAUCCUCGAACACUUCUGGCGGGAGCAGCUGCUAUCGCAGCACGGAGCUGAAGCCCAAGCAGCGUCUUUGGAGAUGACCAAAGGGAAAGAACUAACUGGCUUGCUGGCCGGAUCCCAGCAGCGGCUGGAGGACACGGCCAAGGUGCUGCAGUACCAGGGCGAGCAGUUUGAUAAUAUCGUGAAAGGACUGAACAAGAUCGAGUCUGACAUGGAUGUAGCCGACAGAUUGUUGACUGAACUCGAAUCUCCUUCUUGGUGGCCGUUUAGCAGCAAACUCUGGAAAUCGCCACUGGAAACAAAGCCAAAGGAAACUGCCACAAUUUCCAACUCGAAGAACCAAGCGGAAGUUCUUCUCAGGAUCCCAGUUAUCAUCACCCACAGAACAGACGCUAGCGUCAAGCCAGGAAAACUCACGCUCCUGGUUUCUGGCUUGGAAAUCAGUGACUGCAAUUCUCAGGUCAUUCACCGGUUCGAAUUGAAAGACGUAGAUGAUAUCAAAGUGCAUACGCCAUAUGAGAUCAGCGUUCGUCAGAGGUUUAUUGGCAAGCCAGACAUCUCUUACCAGCUGCUGUCAGCAAAGAUGCCAAACGCCAUCCCGAUCUUGGAAAUGCAGUUUAGCAAGAAGAUCCAGUUUCUGGAGGAUGCGUUGGGAUUUGUCUCCACGAGGAAGUCCCCCCAGGCGGAUUUGGGCAGUUCCAUUUGGCAGGCAGCCACUGGGCUUAUUGAAAGUGUGGCGCAACCCAGACCUUCAUCAGGAGAAGAAGGUGGCAGCAGCAAGCAGGUUCAAAUCCAAAAGCAAGAGCAGGUCUCGGAGUCGGAGACGCAAGAAAUGAGACAGAUUGCAUAUACCAUAAAGCAGAAGAUACUUUCCAAAGACCUUCAUUUCCAGAAGGUUUGUGAAGACCAUGGUUUUCCAUGCAUGUCCUUCUUCAGUCCCUCUUUGAUACUGAGGAAGCUGAAGAGUCUUGCCUUGGAAACGGAGACGGAGCUGGAAAGGCACGAUGAAACUCUUGACACCAUCACCUCCUCGGUGGACCGGGCAACUUGGACCAUCGACAAGCAGAACCGCAGAAUCAAGAAGCUGACGUAGGCCCACAAGGAGCCGGUGGGGAUAGUAACAGAAGACAGAUGAAUUGGGGAUUCACAUCUUAAGCAGACUGUUUAUUUAGGGAGUCUUUGAUUGUCUCGAAUGACCAUGCUGCUAGUGGGGAGUUUCUGUGGGGGGUGGGCAUCAUGCAGACAUUUCAGACUAGGGUCAUUCUUAAAGACUGUUUUAGGAUGAAAAAGGUCUAAACCUUGAAUCCUGGUAAAACAGUGACAGUAAAAUCUGUGCUGUAGAAAAUAGUUAUAAAAGGCUGUGAUUUCAUCAGAGUUGACUGUGUUGUAGAUUAAGUUACUGCAUUUGGAAAGUAACUUGGCCAGAAUUGAAGAUUAAGAGUAGAAGAGGCACAAAGGAGGCUAUUUCAGACAAUGCCACCCCAGUAACUCUUGUUAGCUCUCCAAGAGAUGAAUGCAGAGGGUAUUAAACAACACUAAAGGUCAGGUGCCCCAUUGCAAAUUACUGCAUGUUCACAGAUUAGCAGCUGAGUGAACAAGAUGAUUCAAGAUGCUGAAAACCAUCCGUGUGUUGUACAUGCAUGGUUUUAAUUGCCUCCUGGUACAGUGUUUGGUAAGGGUAGAGAAAUGUAAGCAGUACAUGAGCUUGCCACAACCUUUCAGCUCUUUGGGAAGUGAGUAGGGAUGAACACACUCCCUGCGUGAAUCGGUGAGGUUUCCAUUCAGUGCAGAAUCCAGCCGAGUGCUAUCCCCAGGUAAGUGUCUAUUUAAUGAGGUGCUUACCGAGCACAAGUGUUGAAGCAAAGCAGGUGCUUCCCUUUCCCAAAAGGGAAAUCUGACCUUUUCAUGUUCAUGUACUGCUACUUUGACCUUUACAUUGAAUGCCUGCUGCCAUCGUCACGAGGACAGAGAACAUUGUAAUUGAGUUGCAUUAGGAUUGCCUGAAGCAUGCCAGUCUAGCUUGUGAGUCACUUGGAGUACAUCGUGUCUGCCCACAGGGAUCCUGGAUUAUGUAGAACAAGGUUGGGUUGUCGAAAGGUUUUUUGCCCUUCAGACGUAUGAUGGAUUGACACAGACACUCCUUGGCACGAGGGAUAUUGUUUCUGUCUUCUCUAACCCAUCUUGAAUACAGAAGAAGAAACUGUAAUGACCCUAAAGAUCUGGAGCAUCAUUACUGUGUCCCAGGUCUGUAGGUUCAAUGUCAACUGGUCAAUGCUGAAGAUGUUCCAAGUGCCCCUUGGUAAUUAGGGAAAUAAUGUGAAUGGACAGCCCUUCCUCUGGUCUGUUAUUUCUUUUUAAUAGCCUUGACGUGUGGGGACAAGAGUUCCCGUGAAGGAAAGUCUUUGGUGUUUUUGCUGCAGUGUAUUUAAAAAAAAGAAAAGAAAAGGGGAACGGUUGUAAAUAUUGUAUCUAAACUGUACUGGUUUUAGUAAAUUUAUGAUGUAGCUGUUAUUUAUUACAGUUCAAGGCAGAAGCAUUGCAUAAACUAGGUCCCAUGUAGUUUAUCAGUUGCUUAUAACAGAGCGCUUGAGUCGUUCUUACCAUUAUGCAUUUCACUUUUCUCUCUACUACAGCCCGCUAGUCACUUUGUGUUCAAUAAAACUGUGAAACCUUGCAAUUUCAAAGGGAUUCCUAAUAACCCAAUGAAUUUUCUGCAGAUCCAGCGUGCAGUUUUACAGGUGAAAUCUUUUUACAUGCAGACAUUUUGAACUGGAUACUCCUACUGACAUGGCAGGGAGUUGUACGCCCUUCAGAGUAAUGCUGCUCGUCUUGGAAGGAUUAUCUAGUAACUUGUCUAGAUUUAAAUCUUGCAAACAACGUACUUCAAUGUAAUGGCUUGUGAAUUUUCGAGUGACUUGUAUUUUUGCAUUGAAAAUCUUUUGAUCAUUUCCUAAGUUGUGACCGUGGCAUGCAUUUACGCCUUGCUACAUGUUUCUAAAUAUAGUGAUAUGUAGGCCACAUGAAAUGGAUAAAUGAAGUACAUACCAUACGGUAAAUUAUACUGUCCGAGGUAUCCGUUUCUUGUUCCUUUUAAAUGUCCCAAGUCACCCUUGUCUUAACGUGAGAGGAAAAUACGUUUACAAGACUAUUUUAUUGAACUAGUUUAGAAACGCACUUUGCACAAAAUGUACUUUUCUGCGUUAGGGGAUUUUGGCCCUGGUGCUGAUUUGAAAUUGAUUCCUUGCCUGAAGGAUUCCAAAUCAGGAUUGCCAAAAUCAGGAGUGCUUGUAUUUAACUACAACUGCCUUUUUUUUCUUUUUGUCAUGGCGUAUCAUUCACUACACUUUAACUUAAGUUGCAGCACUUAAUUCUGUACCGUGUGUUUGCAUCGGUCUACUGUGAUCGUACGUAAAUACAAUUGUUCUGAUAUCAUCCCAACAAUAGUGAACCAUUAUAAACUUGGAUAUUUGUUGUCUGGUUGAAUUCCUUAGCUUGGAGCACAGUUUGAUUCUGUAAUUCAUUCUUUACUCUUAUUAAAUUAUCUUGGAAUAGCAA